UUGACGGAAACGGUGUUACGUCAGCACGCGUGCAGCCUGCAGUACGUGAGUGUUUGCAUGCUUGCUGCGCGGAGAAACAAACUCAGAAGGGGUCUCAGAGUUCUUUUCUGUUUACCUUUGGCCCUGGAACUCAGAUGAUCGGAGUUUAGCCGGGAAUCGAGCGAUGCGGACGGUCUCCGCCACCCCUGCAGCCGUGGCUGGAGCUCCGGCCUUCGAGUAGCAGACUGGUCCGUGCAACGCUGCCAAACGUCUCAAGGAAAUCAAGUCGAAGCUGGUUUGUUUUAACACCAUAUAUGCAACACAGGGUGUAUUUCUGACUGUGGAAGCAUGAUUUUGAGGAAACUCCAGUCCGGCGGCUGCAGGACGUGGCUGUCCCGGGUUUCUCUGAGGCCGGAGGUGUGCUUCUUCUCCUCGGUUCCUCCCCAGCCGGUCCCCCCUCUGGCCCAGACCCUGCAGGGCUACCUGAGGGCCCUGGAGCCCCUGCUGCCCCCCGAGGAGCUCGCCCACACCCGCAGGAUCGUGCAGGAGUUCGGUCGGCCGGGCGGUCUGGGCUCCAAGCUGCAGGGGACUCUGGAGAGGAGGGCCAAGCUGUCCAAGAACUGGAUCUCGGACCGCUGGGUGCAGUGGGCGUACCUGGAGAGCCGACAGCCGCUGCCAGUGCACUCGAACCCGGCCAUCUCUCUGCCCAGGAGGGACUACAACGACUGGAGGAGCCAGCUGGUGUUUGCAUCUAAACUGAUAGCAGCCGUCCUGGACUUCAAAGCCAAAAUCAACACAGGACAGCUGCCGGUGGAGUACAUGCGAGGCAUGCCUCUGUGCAUGGAGCUCUACCCGCUGCUCUUCUCCUCCUGCAGGAUUCCCGGUCCCAAACACGACUACAUCGCCCACUACGGUCGAUCCAGACGCGUGCCGACGCACAUCACCGUCGUCAGGAACUACCAGUUCUUCCAGCUGGACGUUUACAACAGCGACGGCUCUCGGAUGACGGAGAGUCAGAUUCACGCUCAGCUGUUGAGGAUCAGAUCUCAGUCCUGGAAGACGGACAAGGAGCCGAUGGGAAUCCUGACCAGCGAACACCGACACACCUGGGGAGAAGCGUACAACCGCCUGCUCAGAGACAAACUGAACCAGGACUCGGUGCGGCUCAUCGAGACAGGACUUUUCUCUCUGUGUCUGGAUUCUCCGGUCAUGAGGAUAUCUGAUGAAAAGUACGCCAGCCGUAAAGCAGCUCAGAUUCUGCAUGGAGGCGGGACGUUCUCCAACAGCGGGAACCGUUGGUUUGAUAAAACUCUGCAGUUUGUGGUGGGGGAGGACGGCUCCUGGGGUCUGCUGUACGAACAGGCCACAGCAGAAGGUCCUCCCAUAGCGACGCUGCUGCAUCACAUCCUGGAGUACUGUGAGAAACCGGACCCAAAGAGAGCCCCGCUGGUCCCGCUGCCGAUGCCCAAGAAGCUCUACUUCCACAUCGACCGGGAAAUCAAGAGGGACAUCGAACACGCCAAGCAGAACCUCGACAUACUGAUCAACGACCUCGACGUCCACGUCUUCAACUUCGAGAGGUUCGGUAAAGAGCUUCCCAAGAAGCACAAUCUGAGUCCAAACUCCUUCAUCCAGGUGGCGCUGCAGCUCACCUACUACAGAGUUCACAACGAGGUGUGUCCUACCUUCGACAUCGCCUCUCAGAGGAUGUUUCGAGGAGGAAGGACGGAGUUCAUCCGAUCGCCCACCAAUCAGGCGCUCAGAUUCGUCCUGGCCUUCGAUGAUCCGAAUGUGUCGAGGGAAGCAAAGCUGGAGCUGUUCAGAGAAGCUGUGGAUGCUUACACGGCUCUGACCAAGCAGGCUCUGAAGGGACACGGCAUAGAUCGCCACCUGCUGGGGCUGAAGCUUCAGGCCAUCGAGGAAGGACUGAGCAUCCCCAAAGUCUUCAUGGACACGGCGUACGGCCUGGCCACUCACUGGAAGAUGCGCACGGGACAGGUGCCGGCCAACACCGACAGCGUCAUGUGUUUCGGGCCUGUGGUUCCCGACGGUUACGCCGUCUGUUACAACCCCCAGGCCGACCACGUCCACUUCUCCGUCACCGCCUUCAACUGCUGCGAGGAAACCAACGCAGAAAAUCUGGCUCGCACUCUGAAGGAAACCCUGUGCGAGCUGCAGGAUCUGCUGCAGCCUCCUGUGUAGAGCCGCCGCUAAACAAAACACUAUGUUCACGUCUUGAUGAUUUCGUUUUGUUUUUUUUUGUCACCACUUGUUACGCUUCACUUUAUUCUGAAGGAGCCUAAAGACUGAACUCAGCGUCUCUGAGGUGCUUUUGAUGCUUUUUCUGAAGCUUUUGGUGAAGAUCUUUCUCUUAUCUGCGGUCACGUUGUUUCAUACGGUGGACUCUUCAAGGCGUCUGAUGCUCCAGUGAAUGAAAGCUAAAGCCAACCUGACACUCCAGCAAUAAUCAGAACCGACGUAAACAGACUGCACUCCUUUCUCAAGUCCUCACCAGUAGCCUUCUUUACCUUCUGCAGAGAAUAAGUUUCAUGUAUUUUCAGGUCUUACAGAUGUUUUGGAUCCUGUUUGGUUGUUUUGUAGGUUAAAAAGUGUGUUUUUGAAGCGGACCAAAGAAAAGGAAGUUGGUUUUUGUGUCUCUGAGCUGGAAGCAGAAAGUGAUUUUGGACUGUUUAAUAAAGCCUGUGAGCACGUU